AUGUCAUCUAGGUUCUUUGGAGACGGCAAUUCACACAGUGAACAUAGAUCAGACUCUCCAAAGGAUGUGGGAACUGUGUUAACUGACCUAGGAGGUGUGGCUUCUGGAGUUUCUGGAGGGCUCCGUCACCCUUAUUCUCCAAAAGGCAUGGUGCUGGGUGUUGGAGAGAAUGAGAGAAUGUUUAGAGCUCUUACAUGUUGCCGAGACAUCAGUUUCUUCUUAGUUCUUCCAUUUAUACAUCUCCCCUGGAGAAGGAAAACUUUAUCGGAAAUUUGA